AAUCUUCGCAGUUUAUUGGAAAACGUUGAGCUGACAGUCACAUCAAACAAGGACGUAAUGGCUCCGUUCAGUAAUUCAAGCAAUUCGAUCAACUCGAGUGAAGUGACACACACAGAAUUAUUCUGUUCGGAUGGAAUCCUUUUGCCGGCAUGGCUUCCGCUGCAGAACGUGAGUACAGGCACUGUUGCUUUCCGCGGAUUAGUGUACAUCGCUUCGUUGGUUUAUCUUUUCGUCGGAGUGGCUAUUUUGGCCGACAAGUUUAUGGCUUCGAUUGAGAUGAUAACAUCCAAGAAAAAAGUAGUCAAAGUUAAAGACGUCAAUGGUAAGAUCCAAACGGUUGUCGUACGCGUAUGGAACGAAACUGUUGCAAACUUGACGCUGAUGGCUCUUGGAUGCUCGUGCCCAGAAAUUCUCCUAUCCAGUAUCGAAAUCAUUGGAAAAGGUUUUGAGGCAGGGGAGAUGGGGCCAGGAUCGACAGUUGGCAGUGCGGCUUUCAAUCUUUUCAUCAUCAUCGGUGUUUGCAACUGGGCCAUACCAAGCGGCCAGGCACGCAAAGUUAAACGGGUCUCCGUUUUUUUAGUUACGGCUGCUUGGUCCAUUUUCGCUUAUCUUUGGCUAUACCUCAUUACAGCUGUCAUGUCCCCGGGUGUCAUUGAAGUAUGGGAGGCUCUAAUUACUUUCGCAUUUUUCCCGCUCACCGUGCUCUCCGCCUACAUUGCGGACAGGCAUGUUCACAUUUAUGAUUACAUUUCGAAAACCUAUCGUAUGGGUCGAAAUGGUGUCAUUGUUGAAAUGACCACUGACGAGACAGAAAUCGUGAAAUCGGAGCCUAAUAACGACAGAGCCAGACACUUUGAUAAGUUUGUAGGAGAGGCUGAAAGCGAUGAGGUUAGAGAGUUCGAGAAUCAUCGAAAGGCGUUCAUUAUUCUUUUGAAAAACUUACGCCGGAAAUAUCCAAUGCUCAGUUCCAAUCAGCUAGAACUGAUGGCCACAAAAGAGUUGCUCGAUCGAGGAUCUAAGAGCAAAGCGUUUUAUCAAGUGAUGGCAUCCAAAAUGCUAACUGGACGUAAUGACCAGUCCCGUCAUCUAAAACUGAAUUUUACUGAGCUGUUUAAAGAAUUUCAUCCAUCUAGCAGCUCACCAGCAGUACCAUGUCAAAGCAACGAUAAGCAAAUCACAAAAGUAUUUUUUAGUCCCGGUCACUACACUGUCAUGGAAAAUGUUGGCCACUUCGACGUGACUGUUGUCAGGGAGGACGGUGACCUAGAGAAGCUCAUAUUCGUUGAUUACAUAACCGAAGAUGGCGACGCCACUGCCGGUAAAGAUUUUGAAGCGAAUCACGGAACCAUUUGUUUCGAACCGGGUGUUAUAUCCAAGACUAUCACUAUCAAAAUCAUUGAUGAUCAACUAUAUGAGGAGGACCAAUAUUUCUACAUACGACUGCUAAACAUACGUUCGGGGAACCGCUUCGAAUACCUUUGCGGGAAAGGCGAAAUCGCCGACGAUGCUUACAUGAUUGCGGCAGAUAUCCAUAACGGGUCAGUUCCAUCUUAUUCGAUGACACUAGAUGUUGGCCCAGAAGAACCAGCUCCACCACGCUAUUCUGUCACAGCCCGAGAAAUCCUUAGCGCAUUAAAGUCGAAUAAAAACCUAAGACGGCCGUCGUGGUUUCAUUAUGAUGAGAGCGAUAGAGAAGUUUCAACAGGAGGCGAUGACGUCUUCGUGGAUGCAGCAUCGCAGAUGGAUACCAACACCAUUAGUGGAGACAAUCAGAUUUUUCAUGAAAUUCAAGAACAUGAAUUUCAAGCUUCAGAGGCGGAGACAGCGAAUAAAUCGAUGACUUUUUCAUCGUCUGCAACAACGUUGGCAACUUCCGUUUCCUUUUCUUCGGGUCGUGUUAGUCUCAAUAACAUUGGUGGAAGCAAGGCAAAAGGUGUUGGUGAUCGCAGGAAAUCUGUGGAAUUUUUGCAAGAUAAUAAUUCACCAACGCGCCCAGCUUCCUGCAGUCAAGUUUCAUCGGACAGCGAAGACGAAUCAAUUUUUCGCACCGAAACAAGAUGCAAUCAGACUAUUGAACCUUCUCUACUGCGCUUAGUUUUCCCUUCCAUGGCCACAGUGAUGAUAUUGGAUGAUGACCAUCGUGGAAUCUUUAGCCUUGCCGAGCGCAGCGUCUGCCUUACGGAAACGGUAGGCACCCACUGUAUGCUGAUUAUUCGAAUCGGAGGCUCCAGAGGCCGAGUGGCGCUAAGUUAUCGGACAGAAGAAGGGACGGCCAAGCCAAAUAGGGACUACCACCACUGCCAGGGAGAAAUCAUUUUCGAAAAUGGCGAAACUGAGAAAAGCAUACCGAUUCAAAUUAUUGGAGAAAGUCUGUACGAAAAAGAUGUUCUUUUAUAUUUUACUAUCGGAGAACCAAGAUCAAUAGCAGAAGGACAAUCAGAAGACGGCAUCGAUGACUUGGAAGAAUUAAGCAUGCGGGAAUACAGUCAAUUAACGGAACAACAACGUGUUGCGUUAAGAGGUCGAGCCCAGCUAGGCGAGGUUACUACAGCAGUUCUUCGUCUCAAAGAAAGUAAACAAUUCAAAAAUACUGUUGAUAAAAUGGUGUCAAGGGCAAACAAAUCUUUAAAACGUGGAACAUCUGCUUGGUUGCAACAAUUCAUCGAUGCUAUUCAUUUCGAAGAAGAAAACGAAGAUGUAAAUUCUGAUGAAACUGGUGGCUCUCAAGAGAAAAUCGUCAUAAGGAAUUGGAAAGAUUACGCAUCCCAUGGAUUCACGGUGUUUUGGCGACUGGUCUUUGCAAUCAUUCCACCAGAAUGUAUGGGUGGUGGCUACCCAUGCUUCUUUUCGUCAGUGGUCGCCAUAGGAAUCAUGACUGCAUUAAUUGGUGACGUAGCUUCCCAUCUUGGCUGUACGGUUGGACUAAAAGACAGCGUUACCGCCCUUGCGUUUGUUUCUUUGGGGACGAGUCUUCCAGAUUUGUUUGCCAGCAAAGUCUCGGCCGUACAAGAUCAACACGCCGAUGCGUCGAUUUCGAACGUCACGGGAGCGAAUGCGGUAAACGUUUUCCUUGGCAUUGGAGUAGCCUGGACGUUGGCUGCCUUCCAUCAUUCCUACAACGGCACAGUAUUUUACGUCGAAGCUGGAACAUUGGCAUUUUCCGUGACUCUAUACUGUGUUAUGGCACUAUUUGCUGUUCUACUGCUUACGAUUCGGCGUUGCGAUGCCGUCGGGGGAGAACUAGGCGGCCCCCUGAAGUACAAACUGCCCACCACAGUUCUUUUAGUAGGAUUUUUCAUCCUUUAUAUUCUUUUGUCAUCGCUAGAAGCUUACGAAAUAAUAAGUGGCUUUUGAAAUCUUGUCGUAUUUUCAAUCUUUAAGAAAUAAAUUGUGUUAUCAGAAGUUUUCCCCAUUUACCCAUUUUCAGGUCAGUUCAUAUUACCGGUUACUUAUCCAAAUAAAUGCCGUCCUAGUCGUAUAGUCAA